AUCAUAAAAUCGUAGUUUAAUGAUUGGAUAACGAGAUUUGUGGCCGUUGGAUCUUGACUAAAACCAAAAGAUUGGAGAAAAUCGAAUUUUAUAAAUUGCAGAAGAAGACGACGACUAGCUCCUUGUGUAGAAGAGACAAAUCUGGUUCGGAAGGAGGAGGAGGAGGAAGACGAUAGAUAGUUUGGUCUUAAAACUUUUGUUGUCUGAUCGAUUUAAUCUUUUUUCCUGGAAAAUCGAGCUCGAAAGUUUUGUCCUUUUUCUUUCGUUUUAGACAUUUCUUUCAAUUAAUUGGGCUGUCAAUUUUGACAUUUUAUUGAAUUUAAGAAAACUGGGUUCGACUUCAACGAAAACAAUCUGAUUCUUGAAAAUGAUCAAGAAAAAGACUUGGCCUUGGUGGUUAUUAGGUGGUAAAAAGGAGAAAGAGACCGAAGCUCGAGCCAAAGGAAAGAUUAUCAAGAGGAAGGAGCUGGAACUUGAGAGCUUUGGUUCCUCUGGCUCAGAUUCUGUAGCUGUUGCUUCUGCUGCUGCUGCUGCUGCUGUUGAGUGGUCUGUUGGAUGGACUGAACCACUUGGACCUGGUUUCCAAACCGAUGAAGGAGGAGAUGAUGGUGGAUUCUUAGUUCUGGUUCCUUGUUACAGAGCUGUCGCUGAAGGCUCUGGUAAUAAACAGGUCUUGACUGCUGUCAAGAAUCUCCCCAGCGGUCUGUCUCCUGAUGGGAAGCAUUACAUGGAUCAAUGGCUUUCAUCUCUGGAGAACCUUUGACCAGGAUUAAGCUUGAAAAGGAAGAAGAAGAAGCACAAGUAGUAGUUAAGAUGAUAGGGUAUUGUUUAUAUUGAUCCUGGAAAAGGGUUAAGCCCAAAAAGGAAGAAAAAGAGUUGAGAACAAAAAAAACAAUGCAUGCGUGGGUUACAUUUGAUCAUUGAAAGAGGGUGGAGAACAGUUAACAUUGAUCCUAGGAAAGGAUUUGAAACUGAAAGUAAGGAAUAGGGGAUUGGGUUGGAGGAGGAGGAAGAAGAAUCAGUAGGGUUUAACAUCAACAUUUGAUGGAACUGAUGGUAUGGUGGAUUUAUGGAAGGGAUUCAUGGUAAAAAGUCUUCAAUGUUAAAUACACAAAAAGAGUGAUGUAUAUACUCUUAUGUCGUCCUGUAUCAUAUAAACUCCUAUUUAUUUCGUCAAGAGUGAGUUUGAAAGUUAUUGCAGAUUGUAUGUAGUUUAUUGACUACCACUGAUCUCUUUGUAUAUAGUAAAAGGUAAUCCACUGUAAUUAUUGAUGUAAAAAGGAAUAAAAAUAUGUUUAUAUUGUAA